AUGGUGACCCCACGACAGGAACUGGCGUUUGAAGGUCGAUACAUGAUCUUCGCAAGAAGCCACAGCGGCGAAGUCCUUGAGGUGACCUAUUUCCCAUCCAAAUCACGAAGCAAAAAGCCUAUCCUUGCACCCAGGCCGUUCUACCGCAACCAACGGGGCACUCAGCGCUUCGCUGAAGACAUCGACUUCAACACAGUCAGCGCUGAGAUCGUUCCGGGAAGAGAUGGCCAUGGGCUUGAUAGCAUCACCAGGAUCGCCCACAAGGUGUGGGAAACGAAGGGAGGCUUCGAGCUCUUGCCCAGCAGCGAGUUGAAAGAGUCCAAAGAGAAAAAGAGCGUCGGGUCCUCGGGCAAUUCCGCCGGCGAUGGACUGAAGCGCCGAAGGUAUGAGAUGCGGCGGAAGGAUACGCAGUCGCCCAACAAGAAGCAAAAGAUCGGCAAUGCAUCGACGAUCAUAUCUGCUGAGCGUAAGAAGCAGGUCGUUGCCUCGUUCGAAGGUAGCGAGCCCAUGGAUGCACAAGACAUAGUAGAUUUCUGCCAAGUGCAGAAGCUCGAGCACCAGAACGGUGAAGCUCCAACAUAUGCGACCAUCACCGCCGCACGAGCGUGGGCCAAGACUACAGCCAACAGUACUCCAUUUGCGGCCCCAGAGUGGCUUCAAUACAAGUAUCCUGUGAAGGUCAAGAAGGGUAGGGAAGAGAAAGUCUCAGUCGAUGCUCUCGAGCCGCGUCAGACCACGACGCCAGGUCUCCAGCCCUCUAUGGGAGAAGCUCAGGUCGUUGAAGCUGAAGCUGCGCUUGAGGACCCUACUUGGACUGAGAUGUUGGGGGCAAUGAAGCAUUGGAUACCGGAGUGGCCUGAGCAACAGUGA